CCGGCUUAUGGCCUCCAUAGAUAGUUGCAGUAAAACGAAGGCUACUAAGUGCGAGGACCAUGGUAUCGACGCGAAGAAAUAAGUAUAACCAGGCCUCUCAGGGCGACGAACAAGAAGGUCAUGAACAUCCUCUCGUCGAGCGCCGCCGUCGGUGGUCUACGCUGCUCCGCACACACCACUAUCAGCCUGUAAUUGCCGAAGUUCUCGCUGGAGAACUUCUGAAAUACUCCAACUCCACCCUAACUCUACCCACAUCCCUCUCUUCAACUAUUCAGGAAUGCGUCCUCAUCCUCGCUUCGGCCCCCUUGAUCUUCGCGGCAGCGGUAGAUGGUACUCUAGCCGGUCGCUUCCUCACCGAUUCUGACCUGCGUCACGAGUACGCCGCGAUCCAAGAAAGAGCCCACAUUCAGCCGUCCAUUUACAUCCACCUUCUUGUGGACGAGCAAGGUGUAGCACCAACUGCUAACCAGUACUUAGCGAUCCGAGACGUAGUCCUGCGGUACAUAAGUGCCCACCCCCAGCGUCAGGAUACCGAACUCGCCUGGCUAAUCGACAAUGUCUCAUCGCCAGCUGUUGCGCGCUCAGCAAGCGCCUCCGGCCACCGUAAGUACCUCUGGACUAGGCACCGCUCUCCUCAACAUGAAGCUACGCUCCUCCGGUUCUGUCACGGUAUCCUCGAACGCUGGACACAAACACCGCAGUCACAGCGCGACGUCCCAUUCGCAUAUCCACCCGGUGAAUGUGGAUAUUCAAUCAACUCACACAUCCGGCUGGCCCAGCACCGCCACCGCCAGUCGUCCAACUACGUCAUGAACCUGACCGAGGAUAUCUGUUCAUACCUUCAUGCGUCGAAGCAAUUCACGCAGCUCUUUCGUAUGCACCAAUUCAUCAUAUACCUCAUCUUCCGGCCGCAGCAAGCUGCUAUCGCAGAGAUCUUCUGCUCAGGACUACUCCAGGUGUGGAUUGAGGACGGUGGUGGCUUCAAUGCGUAUCCCGCUGGACGUAGUGUGGCGAGUGCGACCAGGGUGAGCCAUGUGGAGUGGAAGACCCACGAGGAAUGGGCGUCGAAGCAUACCAGGCUCAUUGAAAACGUACGACUCCAGAGGGAGAGACUUGAAAAUGAUGUUCUGGAGCUGGAGAAGGAGAUGGAGGAGUUGUGGAGAGAGGCUUUGGAAGAUGAGGCUGGUGGAGAUGGAGAUGAUGUGAAGGAUUUGGAUUAUGUGCCUGAGGCAGGGGGCGAAGAGGACUGAAGCUGCUGGGACAUGCUAGCUCUUGCUUUGAGUCUUAGGCAUCAGCCAAUGUGUGCCUUCACAUGCGCUGCUGAACGUUCCUGCAUCCCUGAUGUAGUAUUCUCGCAAUGGUGAGCUUCUCGAAGCGUCGAUAAGGGAUCCGGGAGUACUUCGAGUAACAAAGUAGCGACUCUGAAUUAGAGGGGUAUCAAAGGUUACUUGAGAUGGCAGUGAAACUCUG